AUGUUUUCAUCUUUGCAAGCGAUUAGUACCAGCACCUUGGCUCAAGCAAGAAUUGCAUCUUCAUCUGCCGGCGCAGGCAGCUCAGUGUCUGCUGUUCCACCCUCAUUAGCAGCCCUUCGAUCAUCCAAUUCUGCGACAUCGACUUUGAAAGCCAACUCAUCGUCAUCUCUGUCUCGCACUCCUACUUCUUCCGCUGCAUCCGCGACUCCAUUAGCAGCAUCUCAACAGCAGACAAGGAAGAAUUCAACCACCCGAGGAAAUGGUGAUGGUGAUGGUGGUGGCGACGAUGCCGAUUGGGCCUUUGGAGGCGGGUCCAUGUCCCAGAGCGGACCCUGGGGCGCUGGCGCGCGUACAAGCGGCCCUAUACGCUUUGGCACAGGCUUGCACAACUACGACCAGGGUUCAUACCAACAGCCACCUGCCACUGCCGAAGUGCAGAAUCUUGGAAUCGUGGGUAACGCAGGGAAAGGAGCGACCCCAAAUUAUGGCCGAAAGAAACGGAUCGUCAAGCCAAAGCCAGAUGAAGUGCCUGAUGACGCGGCGCAAGACGUAGGUGCCGCUAACAGAGUGAAGAGGGAGAAGGCUGAUCGAGAAUUCGCAGCUGGCUAUGUGCACAAGUAUGCUCCCUCAACCCGCUCGCCUGACCCUUUGCCACAGCACACCUACUUUUCGUCGCCCUCGUCGUCGUUCAAUGCUUCGUCUUUCGUUGCACCCGGCACAGCUCCCCCUUUGUCGCGCGUCCUUUCCGCAGCGGGUGUCGGCGAGUACCUCCCAGGUGGGGUUCCAAAGCGCAAAAAGACGGCGGUGAUUAUGGCAGGUCAAGGGAGUCAGUACAUCGGGAUGGGUAAGAACAUGUACAAAACUUUUCGCUCGGCGAGGGCCAUCUGGCAUACGGCGGAGGAAGCGCUGCUCUGGACCCCAGGCAGGCAAUACCGGAACCAGAGGGGCCCAACCUCACCCUUCGGGGCGCCAUUUGAGGAGUACGCGAAGUCUUCAGAGCAGAGGGAGCUGUUCGAGGAGGAACUAGCCAAGACGGCGCAUUGGGAUCCGAAGCAAGGAUUCGCGGCAACGGGAACAGCCGUCACGAGGGGCAAGAGAGGCUGGCUGAGAGAUCUUGUGUUCUCAGGAGAUCAGCUUGACUUGACUCGCGCUGAGAAUGCACAGCCAGCCAUUUUGACAUGCACUAUGGCUUUCCUGACUGUCCUCAAAGAAGAGUUCAACGUCGACCUCGUGGCAGACCAUAUGGACACUGCCGCUGGGCACGGCACUGGCAACUACGCUACCAUGGUCGCUGCUGGCGUCUGCGACCUGACUGAUGCGGUCCGACUGCUCCGACAUCGCGGUCUCACGUCGAGCCACUUCCUUGCCCAGAAUCCAGUCCUAUUUCCCCCCGGCUGCAAGCCUCCACUCAGCGUGUACGAGACUUGGGGUUUCAGUAACGCCGGCAGCGGCAAAGGCGCGACGCUUCUGAAUGGGAGCGCUGGGUUGAGGAGUGGCACACGUGCAGUUCAGGAUGAAGAGAUGAACGAGACGAGCACAAUGGAAGGGCUCUCCGGCCACGGCUGGCGGCGAUCGCAGAUGUCCGGCGUCGUGCUGAAGCCCGGAAAGUUACAAGCAGCGCUUGCCGAGGUUGAAAGAGUUGCUGCGGAUAUCAAAGCCGGUCGCGUUCCCGAAUUUCACCCGGAUGAAUUUGUCGAAGUGGCGAACUACAACUCAUCCCUGCAGAUCGUCCUUGCCGGCACGAAGCUCGGCGUCUCCUACGCAUGCGAUCGGUUGCGCGCAAAGGGUCUCGGCGCGCGGGCGGUGAACCUGCCUGUCUCGGGUCCUUACCACACGUCCAUCAUGAAAGAAGCUGCUGACUUCCUCAAGCCAGCCGUGGAGUACCUGCCACUGCGCGACCCGUGCGGCCUCGAGCUCGUCAGCAGCUUCUCUGGUGCUAUAUUACCGAACGUCCAGUACAUCCGCGAUGACCUCAGUGGCGCGUUCGCGCGGCCUGUGCGCUGGCACCACUCAAUCGAAACGAUGGUCUUACGCGGCGUCGAACGCUUCAUCUGUCUCGGGCCAGGGCGCGCGUGCGCGCACCUGCUCAGCAAGGAGCUGGCGUACCGCGACCGCCUCGCGCGCGCGGACCACGAGGCGGGGCGCGCGCCACCGCCUCAAGCGGAAUUUGAGGUGUGGAGCGUGGCAAGCGUCGAAGAUGUCCUGCAGCUCGGUGGCGUACUGGAUCGGAUCAGCGCCGCGGAUGGUCGCGCGAGGCUCCGUCCGCAGAUCAGGGACGAUGUCAUUGCGCUUUGA